UGAGGUCGUCCACUUCUAAUCCCCGCUUGCUCGCAAAGUUCAACUCCUUUUUCGCUUUUCAAGUUUCAACUUUGACUUCCAUCCGUCAUUCCCAAGCUCGCUCACUCCCACCGUGACAGCCAAAGCUCUUCUUCUUCCUGCCUUACCUCUUCUUCUUCUUCUUCUUCAUAUGUACGAAUUAUCUCUCUUUCUCUUGCUAAGUCUCUAAAUGCGCGUUCAUGCAAAUCCUUUGAAAACUGCUUUCGAUUUCCGCAAUGUCUGCAUUUUCGCUACACUUUCUCACCAUUUCUCAGCAAUUCAAGCUCUCAUUCCCAUCAUCUUCCAAUCUUUUCUCCCCGUUUUCAACGCCUUCUAGAAGGUUCACGCCGCUCACGCCACCUUCAAUCCUCUGCAACUCUGCUCAUGGAGCCAAGCCCUUGCGAGCUUCCACUAGCGAACCGGCCUCUGCCCCGUCGGAAAUCGUAGUGGAGAACUCCGACUCAGAAGAUACCACCGUGUUCGUGAUCCGUGCUCGGAACCGUAUCGGCCUCCUCCAGGUGAUUACCAGGGUGUUCAAGGUCCUCGGUCUCCUAAUCGACAAGGCCAGCGUGGAAUUUGAGGGCGAGUUCUUCGUCAAGAGGUUUUUUGUCACCGACUCGCACGGUAACAAGAUUGAGGAUGAGGAGAGCUUGAAGAGGAUCAAGAGCGCAUUGACGGAUGCGAUCGGCGGCGACGAAGGCACAGUCUCAGUUGGCCCUGCAACGAGAGGUGUGGUGGUGAGGAGGCCGGGGUUAGGAAUGGCGUCGGAAGAGCGGAGCGCCAAGGCGGAGAGAAUGUUUGCAUUGAUGGAUAGGUUUCUGAAGAACGACCCAAUUAGUCUUCAGAAUGAUAUUCUUGAUCACGUAGAGUAUACGAUGGCCAGGUCGCGUUUCAGUUUCGACGACUUUGAAGCAUAUCAGGCCUUAUCACAUAGUGUAAGAGACCGAUUGAUUGAACGCUGGCAUGAUACUCAAAUUUACUUCAAGAGGAAAGAUCCUAAGCGCAUAUACUUCCUUUCACUCGAGUUUCUUAUGGGUCGUUCCUUGUCAAAUAGUGUCAUCAAUCUUGGUAUCAGGGACCAAUAUGCAGAAGCAUUAAGCCAGCUUGGUUUUGAAUUUGAAGUUUUGGCGGAGCAGGAAGGAGAUGCUGCCCUUGGAAAUGGUGGCCUAGCUCGUCUUUCUGCAUGUCAAAUGGAUUCCCUAGCAACUUUGGAUUAUCCUGCCUGGGGUUAUGGACUACGGUACCAAUAUGGAUUAUUUCGCCAGGUCAUAAUGGAUGGCUUCCAGCACGAGCAACCUGAUUACUGGUUGAACUUUGGAAAUCCAUGGGAGAUAGAGCGGAUUCAUCUGACAUAUCCAGUGAAGUUCUAUGGGAGUGUUGAAGAUGAAACUUUGAAUGGAGAAAUAUAUAAAGUUUGGAUCCCUGGAGAAAUGGUUGAAGCUGUAGCUUAUGACAAUCUGAUUCCUGGUUAUGGAACAAGGAAUACCAUUACUCUUCGCCUCUGGGCUGCUAAACCAAGUGAUCAAUAUGAUAUGGAGUCUUAUAAUACUGGUGAUUACAUCAAUGCUGUUGUCAGUAGACAGAAAGCAGAAAGUAUAAGUAGUGUUUUGUACCCUGAUGACCGCUCUUAUCAGGGAAAGGAACUGCGGUUGAAACAACAAUAUUUCUUUGUGUCGGCAUCUGUACAAGAUAUAAUCCGUAGAUUUAAAGAUGCUCAUAGUAACUUCGAUGAGUUUCCGGAAAAGGUUGCUCUGCAGCUUAAUGAUACCCAUCCAUCACUUGCAAUAGUUGAGGUCAUGAGAAUUCUUGUUGAUGAAGAGCAUUUGGAUUGGAAUAAAGCGUGGCACAUUGUUUGCCAGAUAUUCUCUUUUACAACACACACAGUAAUAGCUGAAGGAUUGGAAAAAAUCCCUGUUGAUUUACUGGGCAGCCUUCUCCCCCGGCAUUUACAGAUUAUGUACGAAAUAAAUUUCAAUUUCGUGGAGGAGUUGAAGAAGAAAAUAGGUUUGGAUUAUAACCGACUUUCCCGGAUGUCAAUUGUUGAGGAAGGUGCAGUAAAGAGUAUUAGAUCGGCAAACCUGUCAAUUGUUUGUUCCCAUACUGUGAAUGGUGUUUCAAGAGCACAUUUGGAAUUAAUAAAAGCAAAUGUAUUCAAGGACUUCUAUGAGCUGUGGCCUCAGAAAUUUCAGUACAAGACAAAUGGUGUUACCCAGCGUCGCUGGAUUGUGGUUAGCAAUCCCAGUCUUUCUUCUCUUAUUUCAAAAUGGCUUGGAACAGAAGCCUGGGUCAGGGAUGUUGAGCUUCUUACUGGACUCCGUGAAUAUGCAGCAAAUCCUGAUCUACAACUUGAAUGGAAGAUGGUUAGGAAGGUAAAUAAGAUGAGGCUUGCAGAAUACAUUGAAGCAAUGAGUGGCUUGAAGGUCAGUUUAGAUGCAAUGUUUGAUGUGCAGAUAAAGCGAAUACAUGAGUACAAAAGACAGUUGCUUAAUAUACUAGGGAUUAUCCAUCGGUAUGAUUGUAUCAAGAAUAUGGAGAAGAGUGACAGAAGAAAGGUUGUACCUCGUGUCUGCAUAAUUGGAGGGAAAGCUGCUCCUGGAUAUGAGAUUGCAAAGAAGAUAAUCAAACUUUGGCAUGCUGUAGCUGAAAAAAUUAACAAUGACAGUGAUGUUGGAGAUCUUCUAAAAUUGGUUUUCAUUCCUGAUUAUAAUGUAUCUGUUGCUGAAUUGGUGAUACCAGGGGCUGAUCUUUCACAGCACAUAAGCACUGCAGGAAACGAGGCUUCAGGAACCGGGAGCAUGAAAUUUCUUAUGAAUGGAUGUCUACUCUUAGCUACAGAAGAUGGUUCAACAGUUGAAAUUAUUGAAGAAAUUGGUGUAGACAACAUGUUUUUGUUUGGUGCAAGGGUGCAUGAUGUCCCUGUAUUGCGUGAAAAAGGAGUAGACCUUAAAGUAAAUCUACAAUUUGCUCGUGUUGUAAGGAUGGUUCGAGAUGGUUAUUUUGGCUUCAAAGACUAUUUUAAAUCACUAUGUGAUACUGUGGAGGUUGGUAAGGACUUCUAUCUCCUAGGUUCUGAUUUUGGAGGCUAUCUCGAGGCACAGGCUGCUGCUGAUAAAACGUUUGUUGAUCAGGAGAAGUGGACUCGAAUGAGCAUUCUUAGCACUGCUGGCUCAGGAAGAUUUAGCAGUGAUAGAACAAUAGAAGACUAUGCAAAGACUUGGGGAAUCGAACCAUGCCGGUGCCCUUUUUGAUCAUUUGGGAUAUUCCAGUAGUUCUGUUAGUGAGAGGGGUAUAUGAAGGCCUUCUCGUGUUCUAAUAAUGUUAGUAUAGAAGCAACCAGGCAAUCGGUAUAUAGAUUUGUUUGUAAUUCCACGGUGCCCUUUUUGAUCAUUUGGGAUAUUCCAGUAGGUCUGUUAGUGAGAGGGGUAUAUGAAGGCCUUCUCAUGUUCUAAUAAUGUUAGUAUAGAAGCAACUAGGCAAUUGGUAUAUAGAUUUGUUUGUAAUUCCAAAUGUGAUGCUGAAAGUCUAGAAGGAAAUUUAAUUUUAAGGGUGAUAGUUGAGAAGUUCGAAUGUCUAUGUUGUUUACGUGAACAAUGUCGAAUUGAUCAGGGUUUAAACUGUGUACUUGAAGAAUAAUUUUCAACUAAUUUGUUUAUUUCA